AUACAGUGUCAAAAGCCCAGACUGUCUGCGAGCGAGAAGAGGGGGGGACCGGCGAGGGGAUUUUCGUAGCUCCGCCCCCUGCGAGGGUGUCUGACUCUCUGACAGUCACUGGGAGGGUGUGAGAGCGCAGAGCUUUCUUACAAACCAUUACUCAUUAGUAUAAGGGGGAGGGAGAGGAUUACACUACAUCUACCUCUCUCUUUCUUUAACCUCAGCUGCCUCAUUGUGGGACCAGGCUGGACGGGGGUGAGAGAGGGAACGGGCUCAUCACCCGCAGGGAAACUUUUUAAGAGAAGCUGCAGCAGCAGCAGCGAGAGCCGCUAACAAAGCCCGGGACAUAGCGUACAUACACACACAUCCAAGCGAUCUGGUAUCUGUGGACACGGGGGGAGCUUUAAAUAACGCCGUGCGGUACCGAUCUCGCCAUGAAAGCUAAGAAAGUGCCUCUUUCAGGCAGCGAGACUGAGGAUGAUGAUGGUCUGGAUAUCCCACUGGAUCUCUCCUCCACUGCUGGUUCAGGGAAGAGGAGAAGGCGUGGAAACCUUCCUAAAGAAUCAGUGCAGAUCCUGCGAGAUUGGCUUUAUGAGCAUCGCUAUAACGCUUACCCCUCUGAGCAAGAGAAAGCACUCCUGUCCCGUCAAACACAUCUCUCAACACUACAGGUUUGCAAUUGGUUUAUCAACGCUCGCCGCAGACUUUUGCCGGACAUGCUAAGAAAGGAUGGGAAGGACCCCAAUCAGUUCACAAUAUCCCGGAAGGGGGCUAAAAUAACUGAUGUGAUACAAAUGGAUUCUCCAACAGGCACCAAACCAUACAUUCCGACUAUUGAUGAAAACUCAUUUCAGUUCAGUACGACCGUUUCUAACCAGAGCUCAGGGAAGUUGCUGGCUAAACUGUCUCCUCAGCAGUCUCUGUUGGCUCGUCCAUCCGUCAUAUGUCAUACCACUGUAACAUCGCUAAAUGAUGCCCCUUUCAACUUCACUCACGUGUUGAACGCUGGACAAAUCCCAGAGCAGCAGUUGCAGACUGAGAUGAACACCUUUACAGAGACCUCAUUUGUAUGCCAUGAAGAUACAAGUAAACUCGGACAAAACACAAGUGCACAGAGUGGACUCUUCAACACUCCGCCACCUACCCCGCCAGAUCACAACCAAGAUUUCAGUGGCUUCCAGUUAUUGGUCGACGUUGCUCUCAAACAGGCGGCAGAAAUGGAGCUACUGGCCAAGCAUGUGGCUUAACAUCUUUCUCUGCUAAGACUUUGAAACUGUUCACAUUUCUUUUUGAACUGCCCAGGUUGAUAUCCAGGACAUAUCUACAUUAUUUCAAACAAUAUAUAUAUAUAUUUUUUCUAUUCGUGUAAUUUGCACACAGGAUUGUCAAAAGUGAAGCUUUCUUGUAACAAAGGAGUCUUACCCCCUUUCAACUUACAAAGACUUUUUUUUUUUUUUUGGUUUUGGGAGGGGUUCAUAUGCGGAGACUGUUUUCUGGCCUUACUGUCAUAAACUGUGACUAUAUCAUUGCCUUCUCAGUUGCCAUCUGUGGACAAAGUUGCCAUUGACUUGCUCAAAAUCUUGCAGUGAUUAACACAAACUCAGGGGUGAAGGUUAAUACUAAUAUCUGUGUGUGAUAUAUAUA